AAAUCCAUCUAGCGCGGCGAAGGCAUAUGGCCAACUCCCCUUCCCCCAACUGCAAACCAAAUGCCCCCACUGAACCCACACUUCAAAAACCGCCCAUCUGCCUCAUUCACUCUGCGCUGCCCACCCAUAAAUCUGCCCCGGCCGCCACCGCCUAGGCCUCCUCGCCUCUCUCUUAUCGCUGACAAAUGCACGUCCAUGCGCCAGCUCAAGCAAAUCCACGCCCAAAUGAUCGUCACCGACCGCAUUUCUGACAACUUCGCCGCAAGCAGACUGCUUUCCUUCUGCGCUCUCUCGGAGUCCGGCGAUGUCAGCUACGCUUUGAGGCUCUUUCACAACACCCAAGGCCCCAACUCGUUCAUGUGGAACACCCUCAUUAGAGCUCAAGCUGGUGGUCCGAAUCCUUGCGAGGCUGUGUUUCUCUAUGUGAAAAUGAGGAGGAUGGGGGUCGUGCCCGGUAAGCACACCUUCCCUUUUCUUCUCAAGGCUUGUUCUAAUAUUCCAUCGCUUGAGUCUUGCAAACAAGUCCAUACCCAUGUUUUGAAAUUUGGGUUAGAAUUGGAUUUGCACGUCGUUAAUGGGCUGCUGCGGGGUUACUCGGUUUCAAGCGAGUUGGGUGAUGCCGUCCAAGUGUUUGAUGAAGUGCCGCAGAGAAAUUUGAGUAUUUGGACAACGAUGGUAAGCGGGUAUGCUCAGAAUUUUUGUUCGAAUGAGGCGUUGAUGGUAUUUGAUCAAAUGGUGGAGCAAGGGUUCGAGCCCAAUGGGGCAACUCUGGCUUCCGUGUUGUCUGCAUGUGCUCGGUCGGGGUGUUUGGAGCUGGGAGAACGAGUUCAUGCGUUCAUGGAAGCAAAAGGGAUAGAAGUGGGAGUGAUUCUUGGGACUGCAUUGGUACAUAUGUAUGCUAGGAAUGGGGCAAUUUCUAUGGCUAAGAAAGUAUUUGACAGUAUGCGGGAAAGAAAUAUUGCAACUUGGAACGCGAUGAUUUGUGGGUUGGCAGCUCAUGGGCAUGCAGAAGCACUUCAUCUCUUUCAGAUGUUAGAGAGAGAGCAGGUUGCACCAAAUGAUAUAACAUUUGUGGGGGUUUUGUCCGCUUGCUGCCACCAGGGUUUGGUUGAUGCUGGUCGCAAGGUUUUUUAUUCAAUGAGACAGGUUUAUGGCCUGGAACCCAAGAUAGAGCAUUAUGGUUGCAUGGUUGAUAUUCUUGGUCGAGCUGGGAGGCUUGAAGAAGCUGAGAAGCUGAUUAAAGGAAUGGCAUGGAAAGCUGAUGUUGUGAUAUUGGGAGCUCUGUUGUCAGCUUGUAAGAACCACGGCAACAUUGAGAUUGCUGAAAGAGUGGUGAAAGAAAUUCUGGUUUUAGAACCUUAUAAUCAUGGGGUUUAUGUGGUUUUAUCUAAUAUGUAUGCAGAGGCCAGACAAUGGGAGGAUGUUCAGAGGCUGAGGAAGGUGAUGAAAGAAGAAAAUCUGUGGAAGACGCCUGGGUGGAGCCUUGUGGAUGAUGAUAGUUAAGUUUGUGUAUGCAUAUACAUCACAGAAAUCAUUCAAUUGACCAAGAUAAAUAACAAAAAAGCAUAUUGUGAGUAAUGUUCUGGAUUAUAAUUGAUCAACGAGAUUCUAAUUGAGACUGGUCACAAGAUUUUUUAUUCAAUGAGAGAGGUUUAUGGCCUUGAACCCAAGAUAGAGCAUUAUGGUUGCGUGGUUGAUCUUCUUGGUUUAGCUUGGAGGCUUGAAGAAGCUGUGGAGCUGAUUAAAGGAAUAGCAUGGAAAGCUGAUAUUGUGAUGGGGAGCUCUGUUAGCAGCUUGUGAGAACCACAGCAACAUUGAGAUUGCUGAGAGACAGCAAUAUAAAAAGGGAUUAGGUCCAAAAGCAGAAAAGAAACAAACUAGCAACAGAGAUAGGGGGAAAGGACACCCCACUAAUGGAAUCAAUCAAAAUCUCAUGAGAUCCAUAGGGGACUCAACUAAUCUAGUUUCAGCCAUACCCAACCCCAUGCCGAGAUUCGUCAUAAAGUCCACCAAUCUGUUGCCUUCCCUAGUGAUGAAAGAAGAAAUAUGAGGAAAACACAUGGGUGAAGCAUUGUUGAUGGUGAUAGUUAUGUUUGUGUAUAUAUCCUCAUCAUGGAAACCUUUUGAUGAUUUUUUCAACCAAAAAGAAGAUGAAAGGCAUAUUGUGAGUGAUGUUCUGGAUUCUAACUGAUCUUCCAUGACAGGUGCAAGGAGCAAGAGGAGAGAUUUCAUUCUGAUUUGUGCAGUUUAACUUCUCUAAUUCCUUGCAUUCUUCAGAAGGUGGCAUUCUUUAUACGGCAGGUCAAAUAUAGACAGCCUAUAUGUCAGCAUUAUGGCUGCUGCAAUUCAUAUAAUCUGAAUUGCAGUUAUCGGGAUGUUGAACUGGCUGUCUAAAGAAAAGGGAUUGGAAGGGUUUUAAGAUUCAAUUGUGGUGGAAGGAUUUGGAAUGUUCAUUCAUCAACCUUUCAUUGUGUUUACCAUUUUAUCAUGGUGCUCCUUUGGUAAAUAUAUAGAAAGUUGGUUGUAAUUAUUACUGUAUCUUUUGGGGUUGAGGCAAGUUGAGGGGCAGUGAUUGGGUGGUAGCUUCGCCCAACCGUUCACCUUGUGCAUUCAGUUUUAUUCAUUUAUACGUGCUUCUAUGUCUGCUUUUUCCA